AUGUGUUGAUUCGAAAUAAAUAAACAGUCGAAUGGACUGCAGUGUUUACUGAUUACUACUAAUUUAGAAUUAAGUAAUAAAAUAAGCCACGAUCAGUUGAAUAACAGUUACAUGAAAAUGAUACAUUCAUGAAUAUUUUGGUUUAGGCGCAAUUAAAACUAUCUAACAAGUGACUAAAUAUGCUUCAUUUAAAGAUAUGAUUAUAUCUGAGGAUCAUUACAGUAUCUUAGAUCUUCCAAACGAGGUACAAUUACAAAUAUUUGACUAUUUAGAUUUGAAUACUCGAAAAACUACGUCGAGAGUAUGUCGUCUAUGGAACAUACUCUCCUUCACCGGCCGCUGCAUGGGUCGUAUCUGUCUUCAUUUGAAUGUGGAAGGCAGUCAGUUAGAGCAGGUUGUGACUAUUUUGAACGCUAGCAGUCGAAGAUACCGGCAUGUCGUGAUAAAUUUCAAUAAUAGAUUUGUCACUAGUAUAACUGGAUUACGCGUUAGCGAUGUACUGGAGAGUUUGGUAAUGAUUGGCAUGUCUAAAGUUACUGAUUCGCAGCUGAUCGAGCUAUUGGAGGAUAAUCCUAAUUUGAAAAGGCUUUUUCUGUUGGGAGAUCGCAUUGACAAAUAUAGAAAGACCCGCUUGUUCGAGUUGCCUACCAUGAGGAUGGUGGUAAGGAAUGUUGAAAGGUUCCCUUGUUGGCUCGAGGCGCUUUCAGUGGAUUCUACUCUGAUGAUUCAUCGACUGAACAAUCUUUGUGUGCUGGUACCUUCGUUUUGUACGUCGGCACGAUCAAUCAAUCAAUCGAUCAAUCGCAUAUUUCCCGAUGUCAGGAUACUUCAGUUAACUGGCACUGACCUAUCCGUUGCCACCGUGUACGAAAGAUACCGUCUGCAGCUGGAGAAAAUUUCGAUUCUAUCUCCUGAAAAUGAUUUUUUUCUUCAAUUCUGUAGGAUAAGCUUUCCAAAACUUGAUUAUUUACAUAUAGAUCGAUUGGAAAUUUCGGAUCAACAGACUGAAACCAGUUGCGUUAACUUGUUCAGGAACGAACUGCACUGUGCCCGCCUUCAGACACUGAUACUACAUCCCAUGUUCAUGAUCCGGACAGCUAUUUUCACAACCAUUUGCCACUAUUGCUUGGCUCUAAAAAGGCUGAAGCUUUCGUUGGACUAUCUGGAUGGAGAUGCACUGAAACAAGUGACUCGUUUAAGAAAUCUACAAAAUCUGACUCUCCACGGAACAGCAUAUUUCCACGACACAUCUCGUUGGUCAUAUCAAAUUACAACGCUAACUACGGUUUCGAUCGUGAAGAAUCGGUCUCUGAUACCGUUGCUGCAAUUUAUUGCAGAUAUCGCACCAAAUUUGCUUCAUUUAUCAUUAGAAGAUGUUGAAAAGCCGGAGGAAAUGUUUCGCAUUCUACCGACACUGGCGGGUAACCUAACCCAUCUCGAGAUGAGUUAUUCUCGAAACGCUGAUAGACCGCCUUCCUGUCAUCCAUCCGGUUUACUUCGAAGCAUGGAGAACUUGGAGACAGUUGAAAUUCGACGGGUAACCAUCAACCACGGCAUACAAGGAUGGAUUCAGGACGCGCCCCGUUUACGAAACAUAACCAUUAUCGAUUGUGCGACCCUGAACGACACUCAUCUGAUUAUAUUGACAACCAUUUGUCCGAAACUGAAACAGCUACGGCUUAGCAACUGCCCGGGAAUUACGGCGAAUGGAAUUACCGAGUUUCAAUGUCGCAUUCCGUGCUGUACGGUGACAAACGAUAUGUGAACUCGUAUAGUUGAAUGUUCGUAAACAGAAACAGAACAAGCCAAUGAAAGACAACUUAGAAAAAAAAUACUUUAUUCGUGCAAAUAUAGACUAUAAAUUAGGGA